GUUGCUGCUACCAUGCUUCUUCUUCUGGGGCUUCUAAUGUCCAGCUUAGACAUAACAGGGGCACAAACAGGUGUUUGUUAUGGGAUGAAUGGAAACAAUUUACCAUCUCCACAACAAGUGGUGGCUCUCUACAAAUCCCGAAACAUCUUAAGAAUGAGACUCUAUGAUCCAAACCAAGCAGCUCUUCAAGCUCUCAGAGGCUCCAACAUUGAACUCAUCUUGGGUGUCCCAAAUGAUGCCCUUCAAGGCAUAGCAACAAGCACUUCCACUGCAAAUAAUUGGGUACAAACAAAUGUGGUAGCUUACUCAUCUAAUGUCAGAUUCCGGUAUAUCGCCGUCGGUAAUGAAGUAAGUCCGGUGAAUGGCAAUUCUAAGUACGUAAAUUUCGUUCUACCGGCGAUGAGAAACAUUCGCUCUGCAAUUACAUCAGCUGGCCUGAAAAUCCAAGUGACCACAUCCAUUGAAACUGGACUCCUUGGCACCUCAUACCCACCAUCCCAAGGAGCAUUUAGAGGUGAUGUAAGGUCAUAUAUAGACCCAAUUAUUGCUUUCCUUGCUCAAAAUGGGUCUCCAUUACUAGCAAAUGUGUAUCCUUACUUCAGUUACAAAGCCAACACUGCUUCAAUUCAACUUUCCUAUGCCUUAUUUACUUCUUCAUCAGUUGUGGUGCAAGAUCAAUACAGUAAGCUUGGAUAUAAAAACCUUUUUGAUGCCAUUGUUGAUGCUCUUUACUCUGCUAUGGAGAAGGCAGGUGGUUCAAGUGUUGGACUUGUUAUAUCAGAGAGUGGUUGGCCAACUGCUGGAGGUACUGCAACAACAGUAGAGAAUGGAAGGAUUUAUAAUAACAAUCUGAUUCAACAUGUGAAGAGUGGGACUCCUAAGAAGCCUGGAUCUUUAGAGACUUAUGUGUUUGCUCUGUUUGAUGAGAACAAUAAGAAUCCAGAGGAAGAGAAGCAUUGGGGGUUAUUCUCUCCAAAUAAACAACCCAAAUACCAAAUCAACUUCUCUUAAAAAGGGAUUCAAGAGGCCUGUACUAAAAUAACUUCAGGGAUGUU